AUGUACGGCGUAAAUUUUUUUCUAUUUACAGGUAAAGGAGAGAAUAUAUGGGACAGAUUAACCCACACGAAUCCUCCCGCUAUAGCCGACAACGCCACAGGAGAUAUCGCCUGCGACUCUUAUCACAAGUAUAAAGAAGAUGUACAAAACAUAAAAACGAUCGGGUUCAAAAUGUAUAGGUUCUCUUUAUCUUGGAGCAGACUUUUUCCAGAUGGGUUCAUUACCGAACCUAAUUUAGAAGGUGUCCAAUAUUAUAGAAAUCUCAUUGAUGAACUUCUAGCCAACGGAAUAGAGCCAAUGGUAGCACUAUUCCAUUGGGACCUUCCUCAACCAAUACAAGAUAUUGGGGGAUGGCUUAAUCCUGUUAUCGUUGAUAUUUUCGCUGAAUAUGCCAGAGCUGUGUAUGGAUUAUUUGGAUCAAAGGUGAAAUGGUGGCUUACGAUAAACGAACCGGAAAGAAUUUCUGUCGGAUAUAAGGGCCAAUUAGCCCCAUUAUUGAAUCUAGAUGAUUUCGGUAUGUACUUUUCUGGUCACAAUGCGCUUAAAGCUCAUGCCAAAGCUUAUCAUAUAUAUGAUAAGGAAUUCAGACCAUCACAAAAAGGUAAAGUAAGUUUUUCUUUAAGUGGUGCCUAUUUUAUUCCCAAUGAUCCAGAUUCAGCUAUUGAUCUCGCUGCAGUGGAAACAGCAUUACAGAUUUCGGUGGUCCCGGAAGGAUUGAGUGGUUCAAUCAGAUGGCUAAGAAAACAAUAUAAUGAUCCUCAAAUAUUUGUAACCGAGAAUGGCUAUUGUGGCUCUGAUGAUGGUAGUGAUGACGAAGAAAGAAUUUACUACUUUAGUGUAUAUAUUUUUAAUGGCUACAUAAAAUAG